UGGGAAAAGGCAAUGCCCCUUCAAGCCAAUAUUAAACAUUUAGACAGUGCACACCUUGGCCACUCUUGCACUCUGCCUGGAGCUGAAUCAUCACAGUGCCUUUUAACAUGAAAAUCUCCAACUUGUCAGUGAAGCCUGGUGACUGCAUCAGACUGAAGGCGAAAAUACAUUCAGGGGCCAAAAGUUUUGCCAUCAACUUAGGUCAGGAUGAAUCUAAUCUGGCCAUUCACUUCAAUGUUCGCUUCGAAGCCGUUGGAGAUGUCAAGAAGAUUGUGUGUAAUUCCAGAACGAAUGGUGAUUGGGGUACGGAGAUGCGGCCAUCACUGUUCCCGUUCCACGAAGGAGCUGAAACUAAGAUCCAUAUGACCUUCCAUCAUGAGGAGAUAAAGGUGAAGAUAAAUGGAGAUAAAGAAAUCCAGUUCCCCAAUCGUCUUGGGAUGAAUUCUGCACGGUAUUUCUCAGUGGAAGGAGACAUCAGUGCUGUGUCUCUCAAGUUUGCCUGAAGCACAGUCAUGUUUCACCCCCCCACCCCCCCGUGGAUUUCAUGAAUGCAAAUAAAUAAGUCAUUUGA